ACAAUACUAUUACUAUUCAAAUGAAGCAUCUUGUUCUUAUCCAAGAUUAAAGAGAAACUCACCUUCCAAUCACGUGUUACUCACUUUUCCCAUCGAUUUCAGAUCACCAUCCAUAUACCUUUUUUAGUUGAAGUCACCGGUCUCUUGCCUAUGCUGUUACCUACCCCAUAAAAGGUGCAGUAAAGUGAGACACAACAAUAAUGAAUUUGGAUUCUCCACAUUUUUGAGUUUCCUAUAUUUUCCUGAAUUUAGGCCUAACUUUGUCAAGAGAGAGAAAAUAUUGGGUGUGUAUGUGGCUUUGUAGUAUGUGAUUAAACAAAAAAAAACCCUAAACUUUUUCUUAAAUGUAGGAAGUGUAUGGAUUUUUAACUUUAGGGAUCCAAAUCCAACAAUAACAGUAUGCUUUGAAGGUGCCUACCUUUUUCAUAACUAGUCAUACAGUUCUCUAAUUCCCUAUAAAAACUCUACAAGGUCAUUCCUAACUUUUCAAUUAUAUUUUUGUACUGCUAAAUACCAAACUAGCAGCAUAACUACUUUGUUUCAUCUUGCUUCAAGUUCAAUUCCUCCUUUGGUCUUUCUCCAAAAUGAUCAAAAGAAUACCACACCUUACCUUAUUGCUUGCAUUUAUUUUUCUUUCACUCCUUGCAAAUACUAGCCAAUUGAUAUUUGCAGAAGGGAAAGACAAUGUCAAAGAAGCUUGCAAAGUAACUAGGUAUCAAGGCCUUUGUGUGCACUCUCUAGCACCAUUCUCUAACAGUGCUGGAAGAAGCCCUAGCAAGUGGGCACGGGCAGGAGUGUCGGUGACAAUCGCCGAGGUUGAGAAUGUGCAAACAUAUCUGGCAAACUUGAAUAGGCACGGGAGUUUAAGAGGAAGAGAUAAACUUGCACUAUUAGACUGUAUUGAGUUAUUUGCAGAUGCACUUGAUGAGCUUCAUAGCUCACUAGGUGUGCUCAGAAAGCUUAGCAGAAGCACAUUUGGUACCCAAAUGGGGGAUCUUAAUACAUGGAUAAGUGCAGCAUUGACAGAUGAAGAUACUUGCCUUGAUGGAUUUCAAGGGAAAAAAGAUAGGAAAAUUCAAUUACUGCAAAAUAGAGUUCUCAAAGUCUAUUAUAAAACCAGUAAUGCUCUAGCUCUAGUCAACAAACUUUCCACUACAGCUUUAGAAAGCAAUGAUCCUUAGAAGUUUAGAUGUUAGAGGUUCAAUCCCUCACAAGUGCGUAUAGAAAAACAUAUGUUGGGAGAGAUCAACCUCUUAAACGUAUUUCAGUACUUGUAAUCGCGCAAAGAUACUAUGGUUUAUCCAAUAAAAAUAUAUUUAUAAUAUUUUAACAUAUUGUUCAA